AUGGCCGCUAAAUUCUCUUCCUCGCGCCCCGCCCCACCUUCUCCUCGUCACCAUCGACCGUACCUCUCGCUCCCCUCGCCCUCUCGUGCCGCGCUCUCCUCUCGUGCCGCGCUCUCCUCUCGUGCCGCGCUCUCCUCUCGUGCCUCGCCCUCUUCUCAUGCCUUGCCCGAUCGACCACCAACCGUCGUCGCCGUUCUCCUCUUUUUUCUCGGCUUCUCGCUCUGCUCCCCACUCCCCGCCGCCCGUGCGCGCACCCCCGCCGCAUGCGCGCUCCCCUCUUCCGCGCGUCCCCUCCCCGUGGACCGUGCAACACGUCGCUCGUACGCGUUAACGGCGCGCAUGCAUGGGCGGGGGGGCUGGCUGAGGGGAUGGCGGCGUGCGUCCGCUUCUGAUGACAACAGUGCCAAAGAAACUGCUGACGUGGCACGCAGUGAGGAUUACACGCCUCAAUCUGACGUGGAUGAUGCUUCUGAUGACAUGGCGGAGGCGUCAGCAGCAGCGGCUGAGCUGGCAGCUGAGAUGGCGGGCGAGGCUGCGGCUCAGGCUGCUAGCGUGUACGCCGCCACGGCUGCUGCUGCGAGGAUGGAGGAGGAGAACGUGGGGGAUGAGGAGGAGGGGAAAGGGGAGGGCAGUAAGGGGGCGGUGUCAGCUGCAGUGGGCGCUAGGGAGUCUGCUGCUGGCGGCGCUCCCUCUGAUGUGAAAAAGGAGAGCCAGCAGCAGCAGCAGCAGCAGGAGAUUCAGCAGCAGGAGGAGCAGCAGGAGGAGCAACAGGAGGAGCAACAGGAGGAGCAACAGGAGGAGCAGCAGAAGGAGCAGCAGCAGCCGCCCAAUGGCCCGCCGCCUCGUCAGCUCCAAUCCUCCAGCGCGCCAGCUGUGACGGGGCUGCGGCGCACGGUGUGGGGGCAGGAGGGCGUGGCGCCACAGUACCCCCCGUUACAGGAACACGUGACUGUAGACGUGGCGGUGGUGGGUGGCGGCAUCAACGGGCUGAGCGUGGCGUACGCGCUGCUGGAUAAACACCGCAAGGCCAGGGGCGGGGGAGGAGGAGGCAAGGACCUGUCAGUGGUGGUGCUGGAGGCACGGGCCAUUGGUUCAGGCCAGACAGGGCGCACCACAGCACAUCUCAUGCCGUGGAACGACGACUACUACAGCGUGCUCGAGCGCCUCUUCGGGCGGCGCCGGGCGGCGCUGGUGGGCAGGAGCCACGUGGCCGCCAUUGAUUGGGUGGAGCGUGUGGUGCGGGAGCACGGCAUCGAGUGCGAGUUUGAGCGAGUGGAUGGAUACCUCUUCCCGCAUGACAACUCCGAUGAGGCGAACCGCAAUAUGCUGGAGGAGCUGGCAGCGUGUGAGCGCAUCGGCCUGUCGGACACCUCUCUGGUGGACCUGCAAGGCGACCCUGCCCUCGGCUCGCUCUCCUCUGCUCUCCGCUUCCCCAACGCCGCUGACUUCCACCCGCUCAAGUGA